CAGAAUAUGCUAGAUAUUACUUUGAUUAUGAAUGUAAUGAGCCAUUGCUAGCUAAUGCCAAACUCACCGCCACAUCAAGCUUGAGAGAGAGGGGACCUGACAAUGCUAAAUUAUAUGGUCCACAAAUUAACUAAAAACAAUUUAAGGACCACAUUGAAUUUUGCACAGAGACAUUACAUUACUUACAAGCCAAAGAUGGCAGACUAUAAUGUAAGAUGGGCAUUUAAUAUAAUAACUUGGAAACCUACUUAUGAAGAAAUAUUAUCAGCUUCAAGUUACAUACAACUGGAAGAGAAAGAGAGGUUAGACAGAUUUGUGUAUCAAGAUGAUGUAAAAUCGUCACUUAUUGGACGGCUGAUGAUGCGAAAAUUCAUCCACAUAUCAACUGGCAUUCCUUAUAACGAACUUACAUUUGCUAGGGAUGAGCGUGGAAAGCCAUACUUAGUUGGGGCAGGAGAUGUUCCUAUUAACUUCAAUGUUUCUCAUCAAGGAGACUAUUCCGUCCUAGCUGGACAUAAGGAAAGAAAUAUCGGGAUAGAUGUAAUGAAGGUAGAGCCUCCAGUAAACAAGAAUGUUCCGGAAUUCUUUAGACUCAUGACAAAACAGUUUUCUGCUCAUGAGUGGAGGACUAUUAAAGGCUAUCGGACAGAGAAGGAACAGUUGAAAUGUUUCUACCGUCACUGGUGUUUGAAAGAAGCUUACGUUAAGAACAUCGGUGUGGGAUUGACAAUAGCUCUGAACAAAAUCACAUUUGUGAUCAACACCUUUGACAUGUCAGUUGGAGAUAUUGUGACGGACACACAGUUGUAUGUUAAUGAUGUUCUGAAACGUGAUUGGAAGAUUGAAGAGACACUUUUAGAUGAGAAACAUGGUGUGGCCGUUGCUAUACAGGUUCCUAAAGACUAUGUCACAGAACCUGUGUCUUACUCAUACUUGAAUUUUGAAGAAUUGGUUAAAGAAGCGCAACCAUUAAAUCCUCCGGAUCAAACUUUUGCAAAUAGUUUUCUAAAGAAAUCAAUGAAACCUUUUUAGAUUUAAGUUUAUCUAUUUAGCUUAGAGUGUGCUUUCUGUAGUGUUUUAUUUUAUUGUUAUGAGGUGUUAGGGUUUAAUAAAAUCAAAACAUA